GAGAGAGAGAACUGAAGAAGAAUCAGAGUAGAUCUGGUUCUUGAAGGUGAAGAACUUCUCUGCUUUCUUCCUUUUAAUCGUUUCUCUCUUCCUCGCUGACUAUUGAACGAUGUCCGGUCGUCACGAGAAGGAGAAGGGCGUCAAUGUUCAGGUUCUUCUUCGUUGCAGGCCUUUUAGCGAGGAAGAGUUGCGAAGUAAUGCACCGCAGGUUGUUACUUGUAAUGAUUAUUCUAGGGAAGUGACUGUGUCUCAAAAUGUUGCUGGGAAGCAUUUUGACAGAGUGUUCACUUUCGAUAAGGUUUUCGGUCCUUCAGCUAAGCAGAGAGACCUUUACGAGCAAGCAGUAGUUCCCAUAGUAAAUGAAGUUUUAGAAGGCUUUAAUUGUACAAUUUUUGCAUAUGGACAAACUGGUACAGGGAAAACGUACACAAUGGAAGGGGAAUGUAAAAGAUCGAAGAGUGGUCCAAAUGGAGCUUUGCCUCCAGAAGCAGGAGUUAUACCCAGAACCGUGAAGCAGAUUUUUGAUACUCUAGAGAGCCAGAACGCUGAGUACAGCGUGAAGGUCACUUUCUUAGAGCUCUACAAUGAGGAGAUUACCGAUUUGCUUGCUCCAGAGGAGAUUACGAAAGUUGCUUUGGAGGAGAAGCAGAAAAAGCAAUUACCCUUGAUGGAGGACGGCAAAGGGGGUGUUCUUGUGAGAGGUCUGGAGGAGGAAAUUGUCACUAGUGCCAGUGAAAUUUUUAGCUUACUCGAAAGAGGAUCAGCAAAACGUCGCACUGCAGAGACAUUGUUGAAUAAGCAAUCCAGUCGAUCGCAUUCUCUCUUUUCAAUAACAAUUCACAUUAAGGAAGCUACCCCAGAAGGUGAAGAACUGAUCAAAUGUGGCAAGCUAAAUUUGGUUGAUCUGGCUGGAUCAGAAAACAUAUCUCGUUCUGGUGCCCGAGAGGGUCGUGCAAGAGAAGCUGGGGAGAUCAAUAAAAGUUUAUUAACAUUGGGGCGAGUUAUCAAUGCUCUAGUGGAGCAUCUUGGGCAUAUCCCAUAUAGGGAUAGCAAGCUUACACGGUUACUCCGCGAUUCACUUGGGGGAAGAACCAAGACUUGCAUCAUUGCCACAGUUUCUCCAGCUGUUCACUGUCUUGAGGAAACCUUGAGUACGUUAGAUUACGCACACAGGGCCAAGAAUAUUAAGAAUAAGCCAGAGGUAAAUCAAAAAAUGAUGAAAUCUACUCUUAUCAAGGAUCUCUAUGGUGAAAUUGACCGGUUGAAGGCAGAGGUUUAUGCUGCCCGUGAAAAGAAUGGUGUCUAUAUCCCAAAGGAGCGGUACCAACAAGAGGAGAGUGAAAGAAAGGCAAUGGCAGAUCAAAUCGAGCAAAUGGGAAUAACAAUUGAAACUUAUCAGAAGCAACAAGAGGAAUUACAGAACAAAUAUAAUAUUCAAGCAGUACAGUGCUCUGGUUUGAGCAAGAAACUUGAUUCAACAGAGAAAACUCUGUGUCAAACGCAAAAGUUGCUUGCAAGCACGGAGGAAGAGUUGCAGAAAUGUCGAUAUUUACUGAAGGAAAAGGAUUUUGUUAUUUCUGAGCAGAGAAAAGCAGAGAACGCUCUGGCUCAUCAAGCAUGCGUCCUACGCUCGGAUUUGGAGAAAGCCCUUCACGAUAAUGCUUCACUAUUUAUGAAAAUUGGUAGAGAGGACAAACUGAAUACAGAGAAUAGAGCAGUGGUGGAUAAUUAUCAGAUAGAGCUUACGCAGCAAGUUGGCUCUGUUUGCAAUAUGGUCUCAACAUCCUUGUCUCGACAGAAUGAACAUCUUCAAUGUGUUGAAAAGAUAUGUCAUUCCUUUUUAGACAAACAUGAAAAGGCAAUAAUGGACAUGAAGAAAAAAUUAUCUUCAUCAAGAACAUUAUAUAUCUCUCAUAUUGAGGCAUUGCAAAAUGUUGUACGUUUGCACAAAGCCAGCUCAAAUGCCACUUUAGAAGAUAUUUCCUCUUUGGCAUCUACAAGUGCAAAAUCCAUAGAAGAAUUUUUGACAACAGAGGCUCGUGAAGCAUCUACGAUACUCGACAAUCUUCAGAGUACUCUUUCAACUCAAUCGAAAGAAAUGGCUCUGUUUGCAAGGGAAUUGCGACAAAGGUUCCAUGCUACUAUUGAUCAAACGAAGGAUAUUUCUGAAUAUAUUGAAGAAUUCCUCUUGAAGCUGACCGAAGAAUCAAAGAGUCUGGGAAAUCAUGCGGCAGAAGCUGAAGAGAUCCAGAUGAAAAGCAUUGCAGAAUUCCAAAAAGUUUACGAGGAGCAAUCAAGAUCUGAUACGGAGAAACUUAUAGCUGAUAUGACCAAUUUGGUAUCUUGUCACAUCCGUCGUCAAAAGGAACUGGUGGAUGCUAGGCUCGUUGGCCUUCAAGAAACUGCCAGUGCACACAAGACGUUUUUGAAUGGAUAUAUUUCCUCCAUGGAAGGUAUGGCUACAGAUGCAAAGCGCAAAUGGCAGGUUUUCGCAACGCAAACUGAGAAUGAAACAAGAGAUAGCGCUGACUUUUCUGCUGCUAAACAUUGUCGCAUGGAGGCGCUUCUGCAGCAAUGUAUGAGCACCACUGAUUCAGCUCUCAAGCAGUGGAAUAGAACACAAGAGUCUUUGAAUGAGAUGGGUAGCAAACAUGUUUCAGAUGUGGUCUCAGCUGUGAGAGGCGCUUGUGAUAGUAAUGAGCAACAUGAUGCCGAGAUUACUUCUGAGCGUUCUGCAGCAGAACAAGACAUGAUGACGAGCAUUGAAGAUGCUCUUCAGCAUGUUGACGGCAUUUCUGAACAAGAGCGUGGUUCUAUAUCUGGUGUAUUGGAGACUGUCAAAACUCAUACAGAAACAAUUGAAGCUUUCCGGAAUGAUCACUCUUGCGAAGUUUCUGCCAUUCAAGAAAAGGCUAAAGAAACAUUUCGGCAGCAAUAUAUGGACUAUGAGCCAACCGGUAGCACCCCGACAAGAUGCGAACCAGACGUUCCGAGCAAGAGUACGAUCGAGUCGCUUCGUGCCAUGCCAAUGGAAGCCCUUGUGGAGGAGUUCCGGGAAAACAAUUCCUGCGAAUCAUUGAGUAGUAAUGGCAAGGAAUUGAAACCAUCACUUAUACCGCGAGUGCCGCUUUUGGAGCGCAAUGUCGUCUAACACAAGCAUCAAAAUCUGGUGGAAAGUUGAGUAUUAUUUGUAUCUGUGUAUUCCUAUUGUAAACUGUUAUUGUUGUUACCAGUGGAAAAUUUACAGGGCCGAACCAUGCCAGAAAGAAAGAUAAUAUACAGCAAAAAAAAGUGUGGUUGGAGGGAGGGGGGAGGGCUAAGAAUGAAUAAUUCUCAUCUUGAGAUUUACUUAGGCGAUGGCUGUUAUUGGAUCGAAUGUAUAUUAUUAAGCAGAAAUAUCCUCACAUUUAAAUCUUUAUUUCCACAAAUACAAGAUUGUAGUGUAGUGUUGGGCUGUUUUUUGCCCUAA